GGUUAAGUCACAACCAUGGGACGUAGACUCUCAGCGCUGGGAAUUCGCAUCCAGGUGAGAAAGGUUAUACAGUUAACAUACACAAAGUGCACCAGACAAACAAUGAGGGUCUUACAGAUCGUCCUUGCUGUAGUAGUCGUCUUUGACCUUUCAGCUGUCUCUGCUAAUGAGAAUCUACAAAUUGAAGUGACAAAGGCUGAAGAGGGCGAGGAUAUUGUAACGAUAAAAGACGAAAAUGGAAAAGUCUUGUCUACAAAUGACUUUCAUCUUAAGGACGGCUAUGAGCUUCAGAAGCCAAAUGACGAAAAUGACAACGUUUGCCUGAUCUCACGCCUUUCAGAUGAAGAUGAACAGGAACAAUGUUAUAGCCGUGAACCUGUCCCUGAAGAUUUAGAACAUGGUUUGAAUCUUGAGGAAUGUGAAAAUCGAGAGGUUUUUCUGUUAAAACCAGCGGACUGUCCUGAUGAUAAAAGCGCCCGUCGCUUAUGCAUAUGGGUAAAUCAAAUACAGUGCUACUGUGCAGAACGGUACUGUUCGAGAAAAGGAUGGUGGGGCAUAUGCACAAGUUGGAGUUGCAAAAGAUACGCAUACCGCACUGUGAAAACUUAUAAAUGCUAUUAAAAAUGAAAGUGGACACUUUUCUUGUUAAACUUUUACAUACACUUCCUGUACUUAAUUUACAAUAAUUGACUUUAUUAAUUUUCCAGUUAAACUUCUAAUCAUGUUUCUUUCUACCUGUUCUGUUUACGAAACAAUCUUACUAUAUCUAAAUGAAGUCUUCUGCUUUCAGAAUAAAAUUGUUUUCUUCACAAAA